GCCGAGCGAUUCUGUUUGGGUGCACUCGCAAACGUAAAUCGCAAUCCGGGUGUUAUCAAUGCGAGACGACAGAUUGGUAGAGGUGUGAAGAUAUUCCGUCGAGAUGAAGAUGUCUAUGCGGAAUGUUUGAGUGAAGCGCCAAUAUUUGUACAAAGUCCAAUUCAUGCACUGCAGUCGCACGAUCAUCCAUCAACAGUGUAUCGAUUGCCACCUGGUCACACAAUGCAGUUGUUCGACAACAAAUCAUUCGAGGCACUACUCGAACAGACCGCAACUCAAGGUUUCCAUGCUGUUUACUCACUACAGAGGAUGUGCCAUAUGCGUAUCAGUUUCGUGAAAGGCUGGGGUGAGCAAUAUAAACGACAAACGAUCACGUCGACACCGUGUUGGAUUGAGAUACAUCUGCCGAUUCCAUUGCAAAAACUCGAUCGAAUUCUUACAAAUAUCUCUGGUCCUACCGAACCUGUGCAUAGCUUCACAUGA